UUUCAGCCGGACAACACGCUAUUUCACAAAGCUCAAAUAAUGUCAAACUGGUUUCUUGAACGUUACAGUGAGUUCACUAUACUAAAUCCAACCUUUGGGAUGCGGUCGACUGGGAGAUUCACAUUAUGAAUGUGCAGCUGACAAAUCUACAGCAAAUUGUGUGACGCUAUCAUGUCAAUAUGGACCAAAAUCUGGGGAAUGUUUCCAGCAACUUGUUGAAUCCAUACCAUGAAGAAUCAAGGUAGUUCUGAAGGCAAAAGGGGUCUAACCAAGUACUAGCAAGGUGUACCUAAUAAAGUGUCCGGUGAGUGUAUCUCUUGGCAAAGCAGGGAGAACGAGGGCACAAAAUACUAGCCUAGGGCACCAAAAAGCCUAGAAACGGCACUGAGCGACUAGCUUUGCCAUGCUAACGGAUCCAACAGGCGAACAACAGGUCUGAAAGGGCCGCAGAUUCAUAGAUCUGCAGCACAAAUGAGGACACUACACGGCACCGAGUCAAGAUUACGUGUUUCCCCUUUAUUUUAACUUAAGGAUAACCAGUCGUAUAUUAUGAAGACCCUAACAUUAAGCAGUUAACUCAACUCCUCGGUGUUGUCUGUGCAGCGCGUCCCCACAAUUGCUUCGCUAAGACCACGGCCGCUUCUUGUUGAUUAUUCAUGCACAAAAGGACAGACACGUUCUCGUUAUGGUCCCCUCAGUCGAAGAGGUUUCUUCUUCCCUUGUACGGGAAUAUCUGAGUCGCAAGGGGCUCAAGAGGACUAUUGCCUGUAUGGACGAGGAGCAUCCACGCACAGGGGCCAGUAUCAACAACAGAUCGCAGCUGAGGCAGAUUCUCAGCAUUGAGGAUCUCUACAGAAAGAAUAAGGUCCAGAAUUCACCUCUGAAAACAUUAUUGGAGAUUAUUGUAAAGCAUCUUAUUGAACAAGUAGAUGAUGAGAAAAUUAUGGGUGAUGAAAGCCACUCUCUGCAGAGAGCCCACACUAGCUCAGCGGCUCCUGCAGGAACACCAACAGUGGUCAAGGACAGGAAAACAGAGGGAAGUGCCCCAGUUUUUGUUACAAGCAAACAUACCAAAUCAAGGUUUGAUAUAACAGGAAUGUUCCCUUCUCAACCUACAAAUACUUCACUGAUGCCAGCGAAAGAGAGAAAGUCCAGUAAUGAUCAAACAGGUUUCUGGGGUCACACCUUAGAAGUUCAAAAAGACCGUCCGUUGAUGGCUUCCCUCCAAGACGAUAAGAGAUUAAUCCAAAGAGAACCAGAAAAAAGCACUUCCAUCUCUGAGAUCGCCCAAAGGAGCAGAAGUAACCGCAUUAGAAGAGGCAUGUUGUCUGGACCAAUACCCCAGGAAUCAAACAAAAAAAGGCACAGUCGAAAGGUGGAAGUGCCCCAGCCACUGCCUAGAAAAGAAGAGGAAAACAGGCGGUCUCAGGAUGGGCAUUUAGUGACUGACUUACACCAAAAAAGCUUUGAAAGCAGCGUAACUGAAAGCAGCUCCGAUGACUGUGUACGAGAGCGAUGCGAGGCGCCGAGUGUUUCAGAGAGAAUACAAAGUAAAAAUAACAUUGAAAAAGUGGGCCUGAACGUGGUGAAGACAACAAAAGCAAAGACCAGGCCAAAUUUGACUGAUCCGGAUGUGUCUGAGAUGGUGUUGCAUGACAUUGAGGAUGAUGAUGAUUUGCGAGAACUCUCCUAUGUGUCUCUUCAGAGAACCUUACCAGAACGCAGCUUUGCUGGCCACCCAAUGGACCAACGCACUGCCAUGGAAUUAAAAGCAGUUCUUCUUGGUUCCAGUCUAAAUUGUUUCAGUGUUGAGUGGAGGAAUCAGGGAUUCACAUUUUCAGACACACAUGAUCUCCGAUAUGGAAUUGUGCAGAGAAAGGGGGGUCCUUGUGGAGUUCUGGCAUCUGUUCAAGCCUUUGUGUUAAAGAAACUGCUGUUUGAAAACAGUGAGAGCUGCAAUAUGGGCCUUCAGAGGUUAAGACCUUCCAACAGCACCAGGAGAAAGUGUCUUGUUUUAGCUCUGGCUGAAAUCUUGUGGAGAGCUGGCGAGGAAAAACAAGCCACCAUUGCAAUAAAUUCAUGGGAAAAUCAGUUCACCCCAACUAGACCCUACAAAUCUGAAGGAGUGCUUGAAAAGAUAACGUGUUUGACUGUGGAUAACAUCAAGGAUCUGGAGCUGCUACUUGAGCAGCAUGUUGAGCAGUUUGAAACUGGGAUGUUGGGAUGCAUGCUUCUGACCAUAUCUGCUAUUCUUUCUCGAUCCAUUGAAAAAGUACGAGAAGAUAUGGAUGUGCCUACCACCACGCUCAUAGGAGCCCAUGGUUACUGCACACAGGAGCUGGUUAACCUAUUGCUCUGUGGUAGAGCAGUUUCCAAUGUAUUUGACAAUGACGUGGAGCUGGACUCAGGCAAUGGCAACAUGACUCUGCUUAAAGGAAUCAAAGGUCACUGUGACGUUGGUCUGCUGUCCUUGUUUGAACAUUAUAACAUCUGUAAGGUAGGAGGUUACUUGAAGACUCCCCAGUACCCCAUCUGGGUGGUGUGCAGUGAAAGCCACUUUAGCGUGCUGUUUGGCCUGCAGAGGGAGCUGUUGACCAACGAGGACAGCGGACCAGAUUUCGACCUCUACUAUUUUGAUGGACUGGCCAACCAGCAGGAGGAGAUCCGCCUCACUGUUUCUGUUGGCAAAUUGACCCAGAGCAGUCACGAUGUUGAUACUGACCUCAUUCCUCCCCUGGAGCUCUGUAUCCGAACAAGGUGGAAGGAUGCAUUUGUCAAUUGGAAUGACACAGAGCCUAUUCUCUAAAGGAUCAUCUGGUUUGAGGUUAUUUUUGUCAUUAACCAAUAGCAAAGACUGUGCAUCACCAUCAUCACCAUGCUGGUUUAUUUUAUGUAGGUUUUAUUAAGUAUGAACUUAUAUUGAGUUCUAAUAAACAAAAAGUUCAGAUCCUCUGCCUAUCAAAAAGUGACAACUGUAACCCUUUUAAAUUCUCCAUGCUCUUUGAACUAGAUAGUACAUCUGCAGUUGAUCACAAAAAUGUGUGUACUCCUGAUAUUAGUUGUGCAACAUGUUGCUGUUUCAUGACUCAGGACAGUUACUGCGUGUACCUGUUUAAUUUUUCUGCUGUAUUUUGUUUAUUCAACAGGGACCAUUAGUAAACUUUGUAAUCAUGGUUACAUUUUAGUAAAAUGAAGAUCAUUUUCAGGACUUGUCCUCAGUUGGCUUUAGAGGCAACAAUCUCAGAAAAACAUAAAAACAAAUAUUAAAAAAAAAAAGAGAGAGAGAGACAAUCAACUACAAACCGACUGAAAACCAAAUGCAUCUGAAUGAUGACCCAGAAGACGAUAGGAGAAAGAAAGAAAAUGAUGUUGACUAAUUUGCCUUUUGUUUGGGCCAUAACUUUUCCUAAUAAUGAAGACAUUAAUAAAUCAUAUUUUUAUUUCUGAUGGCAAUGUUUCAGCUCAUGCUCGUGGCCAUGAUGUGCUCAAUUCACGCAUAAGAGGAACAGGCCUGGAACUUUUUGACGGCACCUCUUCCACUACUAUUAACAUUUUGUUCUCCCUUCCAGUUGAGACAAAGUGUUGUGCAGAUUUGACAGCUGGAAAGCUUUUGGCCGCCACUGGGACAUGGAACUUCAUAUCAUUUAUUACGGCCUAAUUCUGUUGCCAGUACAUUUAUGAUAUUUUAGAGAACCCAAUUAUUUAGUCUUCUGAAAGUUUUAGCAUGAGAAUAUGCACACGUGAAUGUUUUGGAUGGCGACUUAAAUGUGUUGCUACAGGACAAUGUACACCACAGUGGCCUUAUGCUGUCAACUUGUACUUUUAACAUAAAAAUAUUAUUGACAUUUGCACCAAAUUAAUAUGAUUUCCCUGCUUAUUAAUAUAUGUAACACAACUGAGAUAUUUUAAGGACAUUUCUGAGUUGUCAUUUGUCAAAGAGAGAACUCACAAAUAAUCUAGGUUAACUGCAUUUUAGCGAGUGUUACCUUAUGACAUUCCUCAGAAUUGCCUUGAUGAAUGUUCGCUUUCGACAGACCACCCAUCUGGACAAUAAAAAUAUUUAAUACCUCAA